GUGAUUUGUGCGUGUGGUUACUUUGCCGACCGAGUGAGUGAUGCUCAGGUAGCCUAGUGCGGCUCAGAUCAUACACGGCAGAGGAAGUUGCAGGUCCAUUUACCUGGCUGACACUUAGGUGAUUUUUCUCGGGAUUUGUGUUUUUAACAGGAUUUUUGUUUUAAGGUUUUCCAGAAGUAGCAAAUACCUUUCUUAAUCCACUUUGUAGUCACAGUUACGCAUCUGCUUCCAUAAAUAUUGUUGCGUGUUUAUCGAUAGUAACAUUUUUGCCAGGUAAUUUCAAAUCGUUUACAUCAGACGAAUCGUAUCGAGCAGCCAGAUUACGCUAAAGCAGACAGAACAGGGACAUCAACAUCAGUCAAAUUGACAUCAACAGAUUAUCAGAGCAAGGAGAGGGAAGAGGUUGACAGAGAAAAACAAACUAAAACAUUCGGUUUUAGAAAUCAAAGUCUCGUAGGGAGAGAGAGGGAAUACAGGAUUAAUAUGUCACUCACUUCUAUCCUUUCCGCGGAGGCUAUUGAGAAUGCCGUCAAGGAGUGCCAAGCCCCAGACUCCUUCAGCUUUAAGAAGUUUUCCCAGCUGUGUGGCCUGACCUCCAAAUCUCCCAAAGAAGUCAAAGAUGUCUUCCAGAUCCUUGACGAGGACAACAGUGGCUUCAUCGAGGAGUCAGAGCUCAAGUUCUUCCUGCAACGGUUUGUCCCCGGGGCGCGGACGCUGACGGACGCUGAGUGCAAAGGCUUCCUGUCUGCAGCUGAUGAUGACAACGAUGGCAAAAUCGGAGUAGAAGAAUUCCUGAUCAUGGUCCAGUCCUGAGAGUUCCAUGGGAGCCGGGAGAGCAGCAGGUGUUCAUUCUCCUCUCCUUCCUCCAGCCUCAGCCUCCAACUUCCAGACUGCAGUCAACUUCCUCAAGCCUACAGCAGCCUCCAUUCCCAGGAAUAUGUUUUUCUUUGUCCUUGUGCUUGAAUUUUGCCCUUAAAUUUUGUUUUUCUUUCAGAGCCCCUCUCUUAUUCAUCCAUGAAACCAUUUUUACUUGCCCUUUGAUUACGUUCUAGGAGGUUGUAUAGCUGCGUCGCCCCAUAUUUCCUUCCAGUGCACACUACAUUGUCGAUCAAAAAAAUGAAUAAACACAUUGUAACUUAUUGUGGCGAAUUUCAUUUUUCUUUCAAACACAACUGCUGAACAUUUGCAUCUGUUAAAUUCCUGUAUUGUAACCAUACAACAGAUGCCAUGUAAGGAAGUGCUAUAUGUUACAAUGAACUGAAUGUGCACAUAACCCUUGAGAGAGUGCGUAAUUAAAUGUAGAAUUUCUG